GAGAUAUUACAUGCUGAUAACUUCUGGGAAUUAAAUUAAACUCGGGCAAAUCACAUGCAAAAGUCUGCUAAGGGCUUUUGGACAGGCAGACCGGCGAUCUGACAAAGAAGCGCGCUCGAUACAGUUUGAACUCGUUUGGGGCAGCAAAAGAAAAUGAAGGUUAUCAUCGCAACUUUGCUUUUCAUCUCGGCAGCCGGAGCAAUUCGGAACCUGGUUGGCCUUCCAGAGGAGAGGUCUAGUAGAUUACAUCAUUUACUGAAAGAUGGACCCAUUGAUGCAAAGAAACUCUCGAAUCCAUACAACUCAAAGACAAUAGAUGCACUUGCUGAUCUUUUUGAAAAAUAUCCUCUGAAUGACGACUCGGCUUCAGACGAGAGUGGCUCGGGUUCAGGCGUGGGUGGCUCGGGUUCAAGCGAGAGUGGUUCGGGUUCAAGCGAGAGUGGCUCGGGUUCAAGCGAGAGCGCUUCGGGUUCAAGCGAGAGUGGCUCGGGUUCAAGCGAGAGCGCUUCGGGUUCAAGCGAGAGUGGCUCGGGUUCAAGCGAGAGCGGUUCGGGUUUUGUCGAGGGUAGUUCGGGUUUUGUCGAGAGUGGUUCCGGAAUGGAACCCGACACCUUGAAAGCAUUGGUUAAAUCGUUACUGAAAAUCGGACCAGCUUUGGAAGAACUGAAAGAGAAAAGAGACGAAAGAAUUGCAAAAACUGGUUCAGAGUUCAUAGCAGCAUUGAAAGAAUACAAAGAUGACGACGAAAUUUUGCAAUUGUUGGGACGCCAUGUCAUUGAAGAGCACAAAGAAUGCGAUGACGUCAAACAUAAAUUUGCCGACUACGUUCAUAAAUCAGUUUUGUAUGAAUUGCUAGAAGGGCAAGACACCUUAAACUUCCAACAGGAUUUGGCAUACGUUUUGGAAGCCGCCAAAAUGUCCCCUGAAUUUGACGCUUUCGAGGCAUUUUCCUACAUGACGGCAUUGUAUGGACUUCAAGACCAUCCUGGGAUAAAGGCGAUCAUGGUGAUUGGCGGCCUGGUCGCUGAAGCUGCCUGCGAUGAAAAACUGGAUGGUCUGUUUAAUAAGUUUGGCGAGCUAAUAAAGGAGCAUGGACCACAUGGUGACAUUGAUUUUGCGAGCAGAAUAAAUCUGGAUCUUUACAUGGACAACAGCAAAGUUUGCAAACGAGGUUUAGUCAAACGCAUCGAACCACCGCAAGUCAACAUCAAAGAUAGAGUACUUGAUCUGAUGUUUAAGGGAUACCAGCCUCACUGCGAUGAAGUGAAGAUUAUUCGGUUUGCUGUGGAAACAGUCUUACAUAGUAUCGAGGUUUCCCGUAAGUUUGCAUGGUUACAUGCGAUUUCCAAGGGACACGAACACGUGGUGAUCAGCCACGUUAAAUAUUUCCUGGAACAUGGCCACGAGGACGUGGCACACAAAAUUGUGGGCGAGUAUGUGCUUGCUAACGUGAGGGGAGCCAUGACAGUCGGUCUAGCUGUUGAGAAACGCUUCAAGCCAUGACAACAACAAAUACAGUUUUAACUGCGGUACCAAGACCACAGACACCAUAACCAUAGAAACCUUUUAGGAGUAGCUGUCAUCGUGUCUAUUGGUUGAUUAUUAUUAGCACACUUUCACUUUAUAUUUUCACUAAUGAAGUAGCAAUUUACUUGAUUAUAAUUCCAAAUAGAAUUAAAAAAAAGAAAACA